AAAUGACUUGCGGAUAAAAAACAGACAAGCUGGCAACCUGCCAGUUUCUUAAACCCAGAGUCAACCUUGAAGGAGGGAUAGUUCAAGGCCUGCUGUGUAAUGACCUGCUGCUGUAAUCCGAUUUAUUCCAGAUCUUGGAGGAGGGAUAUUGCAAAGUUAAGUAUUCCUUGCCUAAGAAAAGCCUGUGAAAUUCAUGCAUACAGGGGUAAAGGAGCGUGUGCACACACAAACUGUAAUUACAUUUCAGCAUUUGCAAGGCUGCCUGUUCCCCUUGGAAUACUAACAGCUGCAAAAACAUUCUCUUGCUCAAACUGCUGCAAAUCCAUUCUUGUGCCCGAUUCUGCUUCAAAGUUUUUAAUGCACACGGUCGUACAGUUAUUAAUACAGAAAGGAGGAUUGUGGAAAAUUAUCUCUGGCCCCAUGGAAUAUUACGCUCUUUGCUUUAACACUUUCUGAACUCUAGAAUGAAAGCCACAUGCACUGAAGGGGAUAGCUGGGCCAGCUUACAACCCCCCCCCCCCUUUCUUUCCCUUCCAGCUGCCUUCGGUGCCAUAACAGCUACUUACUUGUUCGGUUUGAGGCAGAUGUGCCGAGCUCUACCAGGUUCUUCUCGCAGAACAAGUUGCUAAUUAUUAUGUCAGGCUUAUCUCUGUAGGAAGCACAGGCAGGACUUGGCACUGCUGAGGAGCCACUGUUGUGUAGCAUCCGGUUGCUUUGACAGUAAGGAUAGCUGAAGAUGACCUCCUGGAAAGUCUGCUCAGUUUGUUCAUGUUCCCAUAUUUAUUAGAUUGUUAGUAUAUAUCUGACAUUGCCUGGGUGUUGGAGGGGCUUCUGCCCCCUGCUUUCAUCCCUUCUUUCUCGUUCUCUCUUCUCAUACCUUUCCCCCUUUCCUUUCUCUUCCUUUCCUCCUUUUUCUUUCUUUCCGAUUCACUCUCUUCAUUCCUUUCUUUCUAUUCUUUUCUUCCCUCCCUCUCUCAUACACGUCAUCUUUCUUUCCCAGUGACAACACAGAGGACCACUUUACCUAGCAAAAGCCUUUGUGCUCCAAACAGACAGACUUUGACUUAAGGAUAGAUAGAUAGAUAGAUAUGUGAUUCGGAAGUGACUCCAUUCUUGGAUUUGACUCCUGUGGAAUAAAUUACUCACUGAUUUGUUUAAAAUGUUGUCUCUUUGAAUUUGUAGGUCCUUCAGUGCAAUUCUGUGAUCAACAUCUGUUUUUGUACUUGUUUUUGUUGGUGUCUUUUGUCCCAAACGCCAGCAGAUGUGGAAGUGCUGUUUUACCUUGUUGGUUUUCCUCUCUGUCACCAGAAUUCACCACCUUUAGAUGGAUCAAUAGCAUUCAAAAUAUUCUGAGAAUUAGUUUAAGGGAAUAAAGUGAACCGAAAUAAGCUAAAAUGCAUAUGAGUUGCCCAGGAGAAUUUCAGACGGUGUUUCUGAGACAGCAGACAUGGGUUGCCAUACCAAAUCCCGCAUGCCUUUGUAACUACAUCACAUUGUUGGCUGCCUGCUCAGAUUGUGAUUCACCGCACUGCUUGGAUCCUCUUGGCAGUCUUGUUGCACAAUGAGUUACCUCACUUUUGAAUUGGUUAGUUCUUUCAUCCCUCUAAAUUUGAAACCUAUCUUCUGUUUUCUUUGCGGAUAAAUAUAUACCGGUAUGUAAAUUAUGCAGGCUAGUUGUUGUUGAUUAAAAGACCUCAGUUAGAUGCAGUUGUCAAUAUGGUAAACAAAUCUGAGUUAUUGCAGCUGAUCUGGAAUGUGGCACCCGAAGUUUGAAUUUUUUUUUUUAAAGGAAUGUUCUGGCUUUUACAUUUAUGUGCAUAUGCAAAGUGUGGAUUGCAUUCUGUAAAUCUGCAAAAGACAUCUGGGUGCUAAGAAGAGGGUUUGGUGGGUGGAUUUCGUGCCUCAAUAACUAAUAGGGGUUUCUUCAAUCUUGUCCCAUCCAAAAUCCAGGCUGCUUGGGAUUGUUUAAUGCUUUUCAAUCAUGGGUGGGAAAAUGAAUUGGUCCGUGGGCUAAUAUUCAGACUUUCAAAAUGCUGUACUGAUGGCCUUAACUGCUGGAAAAUUAGAGAGAAAUAAAAUUAUCUGGAAGUCCACAUCUAAUUUUGAAAACUAGGUAUUUUUAUGUAAAUUAGGCAAUGACUGGGGAGACUAGUCCAUGUAAAAGGCGAGAUAUCACUCCUGGAACACUUCCAAGAGAGGCAGUUCAUCCUUUUUAUGGCUCUAAAAAUGGAGGCCCAGAGACACGGGAGGCUGCAAAAUCAUUGGACUUUGCCCACCCCUGUUUUAAACAUCACGGGGAUGGUAUGAACGCCUAUGUAGCCUACAAGGUAUCAACCCAGACCACGUUGUCACUGUUCAGGAGUAAGCAGUUCUCAGUCAAGCGAAGAUUCAGCGACUUCUUGGGCUUGUAUGAGAAACUGUCUGAGAAGCAUGCACAGAAUGGUUUCAUUGUCCCUCCACCUCCUGAGAAGAGCUUAAUAGGUAUGACCAAAGUAAAAGUUGGAAAAGAAGAUUCUUCUUCCACAGAAUUCCUAGAAAAACGCCGAGCUGCCUUAGAAAGGUAUCUUCAAAGGACCGUAAGUCACCCGACCAUGUUGCAGGACCCAGACGUCAGGGAGUUCCUGGAAAAAGAGGAGCUGCCGCGAGCUGUUAGUACCCAAACAUUAAGUGGUGCUGGCCUCCUGAAGAUGUUCAACAGAGCUACCGACGCUGUCAGCAAAAUGACCAUUAAGAUGAAUGAAUCUGACAUUUGGUUUGAAGAGAAGCUUCAGGAGGUGGAAUGCGAGGAGCAGCGUCUGCGGAAGCUGCAUGCUGUUGUCGAAAUGCUAGUAAAUCACCGGAAAGAGCUCUCCCUGAACACGGGCCAGUUUGCGAAGAGUUUGGCCAUGCUGGGGAGUUCGGAGGACAACACGGCCCUCUCCCGCGCACUCUCCCAGCUGGCUGAGGUGGAAGAGAAGAUUGAACAGCUGCACCAGGAACAAGCCAACAGUGACUUCUUUCUCCUGGCUGAGCUCUUGAGCGAUUACAUUCGCCUUCUUUCCGUUGUAAGGGGUGCCUUUGACCAACGAAUGAAGACUUGGCAGCGUUGGCAAGACGCCCAGGUCAUGCUGCAAAAGAAGCGAGAAACAGAGGCUCGGUUGCUGUGGGCCAACAAGCCUGAGAAGCUCCAGCAAGCCAAAGAGGAGAUCUCAGAGUGGGAAUCUCGCGUGACGCAAUAUGAACGGGACUUUGAGCGGAUAUCUACGGUGCUCCGCAAGGAAGUGUUGCGGUUUGAGAAAGAGAAAACAAAAGAUUUCAAGACCAAUGUGACCAAAUACCUGGAAAUGCUGUUACAUUCACAACAACAGCUUGUGAAGUACUGGGAAGCCUUCCUGCCAGAGGCAAAGGCCAUCUCCUAACUCGGCUGAGCAAGUGCCCGUCCCGGACUGACUUUGCCUUUACUACACAAUACCUCUUGGCCUUUCUGAUGGAUCUUGCCGAGCUGAUAGACUCCUCCCUGAAGGAGAAGCCGCUUCCCCAGCUAGUAACUCUUCUAACUGUAUAUUUUUUCCAUUUAGGUUCAUAUGCACAAUAUAUAUUUUCCUACUGAAGAGAGACUAGUUUCCUGCUUACGUCGGGCCCCGCGGUAGAUAGCGGAGAGUGGGCAGGGGUCAGUUAGUUUCUGGGGCUUUUGGUAUCGGGCCCAGCGAGGCUUCUUGUGGCUCCUGCAGUGCAAUGAUGACAACUAUGUAAUAAAAUGCAAAAAUCAGGG